AUGGCAAGACAGGCAAGGAACACCACUGAGGACAACUCGGACUUGGAUGAAGUUGACGCAUUCAAUGCUAACAGGUCCAAGAUUUUACUAGACCAAGCUGGGGAGUACGGUCAAGAUAGAGAUUCCGAAGAUGAAGAUUCACAGGAAGAGGUUUUGGGAUCAGCUAGUGACGAGGACUCAGAGGAAGAUCAUGACGAAGCGGAGGAGUCAGGUGAUGAAGAAGGAGAAGCCGAAGCCGAAGCCGAAGAGGUUGAUGAAGAGAAAGGAUGGGGUGGUAGACAAAAUUAUUAUGGUGGAGAUGAUGGCAGCGACGAUGAGGACUCGAAGCAAAUGACGGAAGAAGCGUUGAGACAACAGAGGAAGCAUUUGCAGGAUUUGGAAAUGGAUGAUUAUGUUGAUGAUGAGAUUCUAGAGGAUUGGCAAAAGAAAGCUGACACAUUUGACACCAAGGAUGGUGCUGUUUCUCAAGUUGUGAUUGAUACAUCAACAAACCUCGAGGGGCUCGAUGACACAGAAAGAUUAAAAUUGCUAAAGCAAUCUUUUCCAGAAUUCAUACCUUUGAUGAGGGAAUUGGAGGAGUUGCGACCCAAGCUUGAUGAGUUGAAGCUGUUGGAUGAGAAUGUAUGCACGACAAUCAAAGUCGGGGCUUUAUCUGGCUACUUGGCGUCAAUUACAUCCUACAUGGCCAUAUUUCUAGACAAUCUCCGUAGCGGGGAAGGCUUUGUAUCCAUGAAGGACCAUCCAGUGAUGGAGUCGAUAUUGAGCUCGCGAGAGGUUUGGAGGCAAGCAAACGAACUACCACUUGAAGUCAAGGAGGAGUCUGAAGAAAUUACAAAAGAGAUAAGUUCGAGUGAUAUAGACGAAGAUGACUUUGUUGAUGCGAGGGAGGAGCAAGAAGAUAGUCAGUCAGUUGAUGAGCAGGAUGAAGAAGAGGAGGAUGAACAAGAGGAAGUUCCUGAAAAGAGUCAAACCAUUGAUAUUCACAAACAGAGAACUAUCAAGAGGGCACCGAAAUCAACAGGUGAUGACUUUACUGAAGCUGACAUUGAUGACGUGGACAUGGAAGAUAAGACACGCCGGAAAAAGACUUUGAGAUUCUAUACAGCUAAAAUUGACAAAGCAGCAGCUCAGAGGGAGAAAUACACCUCUGGAGAUAUGGAUGUCCCUUAUAAGGAGAGGUUAUAUGAAAGGCAACAAAAACUUAUCGAAGAAGCAAGAAAAAGGGGCCUCGACAAAAAAGAUAUCAAUGAUGAUGAGACUGUCAACGAUGGUGACGAUGAUUAUGAGAAUCGCGUUUGGAAUGAGGAUGGUAAUGAAUACUACGACACUCUCAAACAAAAUAAAGCUUUGAAAUCGGAAAACAGGAAACUUGCACAUGCAGCAGCAGUUAAGGCAGCCAAAGAAGGAAAAUUGGCUGAACUACAAGAAGAAAUUGGACAGGAUGGAAAAAGAGCCAUCAACUACCAGAUUCUCAAGAAUAAAGGUCUCACGCCUCAUCGUAAGAAGGAGUACAGAAACUCAAGAGUUAAAAAGAGAAAACAAUACGAGACCGCUAAAAAGAAACUCAAAUCGGUUAGGCAAGUAUACGACAGCGAAAAAAGUAGAGGUCCUUACGAGGGUGAAAAGACUGGUAUUAAGAAAGGGUUAUCAAGAUCGGUUAAACUUGUAUAG